AUGGUGGCGGCUCCUCCGGCCGCGGCCGCCGCCAUGCGCCGGGAGCUGCUGGGGCCCGAGAUCCGCCCGCUCGACCGGUACGACGGGGCCCGGGCCCGCACCGCGGCCAGCAUCGCAUGGGCCAUGGCCGCCAGCUACGGGGGAGCGGGGAACGUCCCCGAGGCCCUUCGGGAGCCGCUGCAGCGGGGCCGCCUGGUGCCGGCCGUGGCUCGGGCGCUGUCGGCCCCGGGGCUCUACUGCAGGGCCUGGGCCUGGGCCCUGCGGGCGCCGCCGCCCCCGGACACGGCCGCGCUGCUGGAGCUGCUGCGGAGCAGAGGGGAGGGGCCCACGCUGAGAGAGCGCCCCCUGCAGGCGGCGGACCUCAGGCCGCCACUCGAUAUCGACGCCCACCUCACCCUCAUCGACUCCCUCAUGGGCGCCUUCGUGGCCGAGGCCACGCGGGGCUUGGGGUGCCCCCCGGGAGCCCCCCCCGGGCCCGAGGGCUGGGAGCAGAAGAUCCUGUGCUGGUUGGACACG